AUGGGAGGAAGUGAAAUAAAUGGUGAAAAAUUGGAGAUUGAUGUUACUAGUAAAUGUGAAGAAUGUCCAUUCGUCGAUGAAUAUAAAUGUUUAAUGGAAGGUGGUGUUUACGAACCAGCCACGCCACCAGAAGUAUGCUGUGCCAACUGUAACUUUACCAAUCCAUGUCAAACCAACAUCAAAUGUCCACCAGUCGAUCCAAACAAAUGUAAGGAACAACAAGGUACUUUCACUUUACCAGAUCCAGCAAAUGGAGUGUGCUGUGCAAACUGUACUUUCCCAUGCAAAGAUAUUCAAUAUCCACCUUGUUGA